GGUAAACUGUGCACCUGGUAAUUGUUGACUUGCUUCUUUUCAGCGGUGGUGGUUUCCCAAAUAACAGGGGACAUUGAAAAACAAACAACUGAUGUGAUCGUCAACACAACCAACCCAGGUCUGAAUCUGGCAGACGGGGUAGUGUCCAAGGUCAUGCUGAAAGCAGCUGGUGAUGACCUUCAGGAUGAAUGUAAAACAAAGUAUCCCUCAGGGGUCAAGGCCGGUGAAGUAGCAGUGACAGGGGGAGGUAAUUUGUCCUGCAAGCAGGUGUAUCAUAUCACGCUGACAGAUGGCUGGAGUAGUGAUCAGCCAGGGACUGAAAAGCUGCUGAGGGGCACUAUAUUAAAGUGCCUGAAGACGGCCGACGACGCCGGACUGACCAGUCUCAGUUUCCCGGCCCUUGGAACAGGGAAGCUGAAGUAUGACCCAGCGCGUGUGGCCGAGCUGAUGUACAGCGUCUGUCUCAGCUUCAGGUCCAAAGGACUGAAUAAGGUCAUCCUCGUGAUGCAUGCUAGCUCCCCUGGAGUCAAGCAGGCUUUCGAUAACGAGUUGGCCAAACGAAAAAAUGCCAAGUCAGCCAGAUCAUUCAAAGUGACCCCUUCACUAGCCAAGACAAUAGGGCAAGCGUCGUCUGUGAAGAUCACCCUAGUGAUUGGCAACGUUGUUGAUCAAAAGGUAGAUGUGCUUGUGAACUCCUGCACUCCAAAGUUGAAGCUGUCCAGUGGCCCACUGACGAAGGUUGUAUUGAAGGCAGCAGGGGAGACAAUCCAGGAUGAGUGCAGACAGAAGUACCCCAAUGGAAUCAAGCCAGGAGAGGUUGCCGUGACGAGUGGAGGCAGGAUGACCUGUAAGCAGAUUUUUCACAUCACACUGACCGAUUGGAAACCAGAUGAUGCAGACGUGGAAAAGGCAUUCAGGAAUGUGAUCCACUUAUGUCUGAAGACAGCAUGUCUGGGAAUCCACUCGAGUAUUGCCAUUCCGAUGCUUGGCACUGGAGCUUUGAAAUAUCCUCCAGCAUCUGUCACAAAAUGGAUAUUUGAGGCUAUACGUAACUUUGGUGCCCGUAAUCCAGCAUGUUCAUUGGCUGAAACCAGGAUUGUUGUCAGUCCUACAGAUCUGCUAAAUAUACAGGCACUGGUGGGAGCCAGCAGUGCUGUCUGUCAGCCUGCUACAGCCACAUCCUCAAUUACAGAGAACCUGCUGCCCCCCUCCUGAGUGGACUCCCAUGGCACCGGACAGCUACUUCGAGGUGAUCCCGGUCAAGCCGGGAAGCCAGGAAUAUUACGAUGUGGCGACUCACUUCGGUCAGUCGAUGGGACCACAUACCAUCGUGUCUAUUGAGCGGAUACAGAACCAACACAAACACAUACAAUACAUGGUGGAGAAACAGUCGAUCGAAACAAAGAGACCUGGUCAGCAGAGUGAGAGGAUGUUGUGGCACGGCACCAGUGAGGAUGCCACCAUCAGCAUCAA